AGCUCUCAAUAUAACUCAUUCUCGUCUUGUUAAUAUUUGCCAGGGAAGUUCCUGAAAACAGUUUAGAGUCAACCUUCAACAAACCACAAGGCACAGAAGAGAGAAUUAUCUGUGAUAUUGGUGCAGCAUGGAAAAACCAUCUCAAUCAGAUUAAAAUGAAGACAGGAAUUGGUAGUGCUAUUGCUGGCUCCUCGUAUCAUAGAUGUAUGCUCUUGAACUGCAAGGAAUGGAAGUCAGAUUCCUCUCAAGUUGCUGAAAUUGAGAAGCAAAACUGUAAUGAUGAAGAAUCUUUGGUUGGAGGAAGAAGUUCAAAGACAAUUAACCAUUCAACUCGGGACUUCCAACGUUCUCCUGCUAAUACUCAUGAGAUUACAAACAAGCUCAAAGGCAUUGCAGGUGGACAAAAUUCCAAUAAAGAAACUCAAGUGCUUGGUUGUGCUAAUCAAGAAGUUACAUUGGGGAGCACCGAUAGUGAGAAAUGAAGAUGUUUUUUGGGGUGAAAAGCUUCAAUGUUGAAGGCAUUCACUUCAACUAGACAAAGGAUCCACUUAUUUGAGAGAUAUUCUUACACCUUGAGGAUAUUUUAUUUAUUAUGGAAAUAGAUAUGCAUUUAUGGUGCGUGGGAACAUGAUGUCAAAAACUAGUCUUGCUAUAAGGCACAAAAUACUUCUACAGAGUGUCUUGUUAUUUUGGAUAUUCAAUAAUUAGCUUUUAUGUACAAUGUUUUAUUUCCUUAAUUUGGUUUUGAUCCUUGAAUUA